AUGAAGAUUACAAAAGUGCUGGUAACACUGGCUGCUUUAGUUGCCCUUAAUUCACUCACUCCAUACACAUGUAAAAGUUUACUUCUGGAAAAGGUGAAAUCAGAACUAGACGUAGUCGAUAAAAACAUCAAGAAAAAGAAUUUCAAAAAGAAGUUGAUCAUCUCGUCAGUAGUCUUAGGAGUAGCCAUUUUGGUAAAUGUACUAGCUGGAAUAGGAUACUAUAAUUAUAAGAAAAAGCAACAAUGUCAGCAUGAACAGAAGGAUCACUUGCCGGAACCUAAAAUGAACGUACCUGUAAAUAAGCACGCCAAGAUAACUAAAGAAAUUAUCGAUGAAGUAAAUCGAAUAUCCGAAAAAAAUAUGGCUGAAAAAUUCAAGUCGGGAAAACCAUAUUAUCCGAAGCUAAAGGAUAUUCUGCUCAACAUUGAAAAUGAAGUAAAAAAGAGAAACGCAAAAUUCGAUAGGUAUAACAUUUCAGACAUGUCUUACGAUAUUUUCAGAAACCUUUAUCAUAUAUCUGAACGCUGGAAAAAAAACCCAAACUUAGUUCUAGCCAAUAAGUAA